AUUCCGCGCACGCUACUUAUCUGAACGUAGCGGCGUGUGUGCAAACGCGUUUGCGAGAUUCUUCGAGAGAUCAACUUAUUCGCGUUCGCGAAAAUAUCGAAACGCGCGGAAACUCGACCAACUUCAAAGUGAUUAAAACUCAAUCAUGGAUGCCAUUUUUUCGUCAACCGCUGCCGUUUGUCCGCUGCUCUUUGAUUGCUCGUAAAAACAAAACCAAAUUUAAAAACCAAAAAAAAAAAAAAAAAAACAAUGUUAAUCGAACCUUCUCGCGAUUAGCGCGAUCGAACGCGAGAUAAUUUGAUCAACGAUGCUCGAUCGGGAUUGUUAUGCCGCUCCCGCAUCUCGGACACGUCACGCGAGGCACGUCGUUGUCGGACGCGGAGUUUGCGGUCGUGUAAACAGAUGAGAAUGCGCGUUUGAUUUUGAUUGUCACACAAUGCAAUCUGACAUUAUGGAGGAUUUGAAGCUCAAAUUUCUCGGCCUUAUUAACAAACAGAAUACAUCCAUGGUACCACUUAUGGGUCUGAAUCCUGAUCUGCUCAAUCCUCCCGAUUUGCAAAAAUGUGAGGAUCUUCGUUCGGAGGCCGAUCAAUCCACGGAAAGUGAAACCAAAACCGACCAAGAUAUAUUGGAAUCAAUUGAAAAGAUUUAUCUAACUAUCGACGGUGGUUUUGAUUCGCCUCGCUACGAAUUAGAGAAAUUGCCAACAACACUGCUUUCCAAAGAGAUAGAGAAACGUUAUAAAAAACUCAAGCAACAACAUCAGGUUGUCUCGACCAAAGUUUACAAUGUUAUUUCGGAAAAGCAGAGCGCUUGCAAUUCGGAGGUUGAGAAGAUUCAACUGCUGGAACAGCAGUUGCAAGACGUUCUGGAAAUAUGUAGAAUAGGAAGAGCGGAUCUUCAAUCGGCUAAGAGACAGUUCACAACGGCAAGCUUGGGGAUACUGGCCAAUUAUCGAAAACGACAAGUGGUCCAAGAACUGUUGAACAAUUUAAAUACCAUAAAGACACUGCAACGUACGGGAGAUCGUCUGCAGGAGCUUUUGAAGGAAGAAAAUUAUCCCGGGGCCAUAUCGCUUCUUUUGGAAUGUCAAAGCGCUGCCAAAACUUACAAACAUUUUCACUGUAUCGCCGAACUGAACAAAAAAUUGCAAGAUAUUUUGGAGCAAGCGGAGGAGGUUCUAAGAUGUACGCUAUCUAAGAUGUGCACGCAAUUCGACGUAGCGGUUUAUUCUUCGGUUCAAGAAGCGUACGCGUUGUUGGGAAAGACUCAGUUUGCCAUAGAUCAAUUGCACAUGGAUUUUACAGCUGCCAUUCACAACACCGCGUUUGCCGUUAUUCACUCUUUCGCGGGAGACGAUGUGAAAAAACAAUAUAAACAAUUGUGCCAGUCUGUACCCCGCGAAAAAUGUGUCGAUUGCCUUACCGAGCUCUGCAAAUCGCUCUGGACAAUAAUGAGCUCCUAUUAUCUAGUUGUAAAUUGGCACAACGCGCAUGAUGACAAAGCGGAUUGUAAAACGGACGUUGUUAAAGACUUGGAGAUAACUUUCAGCAAGCAAUACGUCAAGCACAAAUUGGAGAAGGGCACGGUACGAAUGUGGCACGACGUGGAAAUGAAGAUAUCUACGUAUCUGUCGAAUAUCGAUUUAACAUUCACGAAGUUCGAACAUUUCGUUCAAGUGUUGGGUGUGGUUAACAGAUUGAUGGAAAUCGGGGAAGAACUAUGUGGAUUCAAGUCGAAGGAUCUGCAGGAUUCCAUCAAGAAACAAUCCCUGUCUUACUUUUUUCAUCAUCACGCGUCUCGUUUGGACGAGUUGAGGAUAUUUUUGGAGAACGACGGUUGGGAAUUGUGUCCCGUGAAAUCUAAUUUCGUGGCCACCCAGUUGCAAGAAUUUCGAAGUCUCAAGCCUUCGCUCAACAACUGCAAAGCGUGGAACAGUCUGGACAGUUCGAACUUGAGCGACAGCGACAAUUCCACGGGGAUCGAUAUGCAGAAAUAUUUCGAAGGUGGCUUGUCGCCGUUCACAAUAGGAUUGGACGAUACCAUAGACGAGGAUAUUUUAAUCAAUGACAAUGUUGAUCAUCAUGAAUAUUUUUCGGACGAGUCCGACGACGACAUCCCCGACGAAUUGAAGCGCGAAUACGUAGACGAGCCGGAUCACGUGAAAACCAAUAAAAAAAAGUGCAAACUCAAACAAUCCGGACCUAUGGUCACAAAUACGACGUUGAGCGUGUUGAGAGUGUGCGGCAAGUAUCUACAGAUGUCGAGACUUUUGCGAUCAAUCGCGGUCACCGUUAUACAGAGCAUGAUACAAUUUUUCGAGCUAUGCUUCUACACGGUACAUUUGUUCUUUACGUCGGAUCUCCAAAUCAACAGCGACUCGUUGUACAGUCCGAAAUUAAAGUUGUCUCUAACGCGAAUUAGAGAAAAUUUGAUUAUAUCUGAAAACGACACGAUGGAAGAUAGUGGCAACGUGAAUUACGACAAAGUAAGACAACCACAGCUUUCGUCCAUUGUGAAUUUGUCGCAACCUGAAAAACUUUACGGAUUAACGGAACGUAUAGUAGCUGUCGAGUCUCUGAUAUUUUUAGGACAACAAUACGAAGGCCUAAGGCCUUAUUUAGAACAUCUCAUUGUCAAUAGUCCUCAGAGAGGAUUUUUACAUCAGUUUUAUAUGCAAACAAUAGCGUCCGCCGCGGAUCUGAGAAAACCGGUUUACAUGGCGGUUGCGUCCCAAGCGUUCGACGUUGCGAACGUUCUCAAUUUAAUGAACAAAGUUAAUUGGGAAGUGACGGACGUAAUGUCGCAGCAUAGCGGUUACAUCGACGCAUUGAUUCAACAAGUAUGCGUCUUGAACGAAAGACUUAAUACUAUCGGGACGUACAUUCCUUUGAGUGCGGACGUGUGCGGUGCUGUGUGGGAAAACGUGGCUCAUCUAAUCACACAUACCUUAGUAGAAGGAUUUUCCAAUGCUAAAAAGUGUUCAAACGGCGGUAGAGCUCUGAUGCAACUCGAUUUCACACAACUGAGAUCAAAGUUCGAGAAAAUAACAUUGUUGAGACCUAUGCCGCACAGAGAGUACGUUGAAUUGUAUAUCAAGGCGUACUACCUGCCCGAGAGUAGUUUCGAAGAAUGGAUUAAAGAACACAAGGAAUAUUCGGUCAAACAUUUGGUCGGAUUGAUUUCGGCAACGUGUCAAAACAAUAAGAAAACACGACAGCGAUUGAUCGCGCUUGUGGAGGAGCAACGGUUGAGUAGAUAGCAUUCAACCAGUUAUUACAAGUCCAUGUAAGAUUCUAUUGAAAUAGAAAGUAUCCGAUUGUAUCUUGAUGUGUCGAUAGAGAGAGGAGAUGCGAUAAAUUAAUCUUGUUGAUUGGACAGUAAGAACGGUUUUUUAAGUAUGUUGCGAAAUCGAGACCGGAUAUUUCAUAUUUAUAAAGUAUUUUAAUAAAAUGUUUUUGAAAGAGAGAGAGAAAAAGAAAGUGUUACAGAGAGAGAGAGAGUAGUUAAACGAUGUUGCAAAUUGACAUCGAAAACGGAUACUAAAGAGAAAGACAGCAAUUUAUUUUUAAUAUUUCUCACAAAUUAUCAAAUACGUCGCAUGUGAAUCUCAUGUGUGUGAAUCUAUAUAAGUUCGUAGUUAAAACUGAAAUAUAUUAUCAACCAACAUUGCGAUAUCUCUGAGAAAUCACAAUGUUGCUAUUGUUUUUACAUGUAAAUGGAUCCAUGUACAUACAAUUCUAUUAUAUAUCACUUACUAUGUCACAAGUUUUAUGUA